AUGAGUCUACCAAAGACAUUCCGAAAAGCCGUUUUCAAUGAAGCCGGUGGUCCACUGGUCAUCGAAGAGGCCAAUCUUACCCCUCCUGCCCCACGUGAGAUUCUGGUUCAAGUUGAGGCAUGCGGUGUUUGCUUUUCAGAUACUAUUGCACAACACGAUUACAUGGGCGGUGGAUUCCCACAAGUUCCAGGUCAUGAGAUAAUCGGAAAAGUCGUCGCUGUUGGCAGUGGGGUUUCAGGAUGGACAGUCGGUGAUCGAGUUGGUGGUGGAUGGCAUGGAGGACAUGAUGGCACAUGCAGAGCUUGCAAGACUGGUCAUUAUCAAAUGUGCGACAACCAGCUCGUAAAUGGCAUAACAAGAGAUGGCGGAUACGCUGAAUACUGCACUAUCCGCUCGGAGGCCGCCGUCCGCAUCCCUCCAGACGUCGAUGCCGCAACAUACGCGCCCAUGCUCUGCGCCGGUGUAACAGUCUUCAAUUCAAUGCGUCAAAUGCAAGUCCCUCCCGGCUCAACGGUUGCCAUUCAAGGUCUCGGCGGCUUAGGACAUCUCGCAUUACAAUACGCCAACAAAUUCGGAUAUCGUGUCGUGGCCCUAUCACGAGAUAGCAAAAAGGAGACGUUUGCUAGACAACUCGGCGCUCAUGAGUAUAUUGAUGGUAGUAAAGAAGAUGUUGGUGAAGCAUUGCAGAAGCUGGGAGGUGCUUCUUUGAUUGUGUCGACUGCUCCUGACAAGAACUCCAUUACUCCGUUGUUGAAGGGGCUCGGAAUUCAAGGGAAAUUGCUUAUUUUGUCUAUUGUCGACGAUCUUCCGGUCAAUACAGCUAUUCUGAUGCGUUACGGAUCAUCAGUUCACUCAUGGCCAAGUGGACAUGCAAUCGACUCAGAAGAGGCAAUUCAGUUUGCCGGGUUGCAAGAUAUCAAGUGCAUGGUCGAGACGUUCCCUCUCGAGAAAGCUAAUGAGGCUUAUGAUGCUAUGCUGAAGGGAAGCGUCCGAUUCCGCUCAGUGAUCAAGAUGAACUAG